CCCUCCCCCACCCCCCUACCCCACCCUGACUCCUGCAUUAAGCUAGGGGGGCUCAUAGGCGAAGCCGGGAUCGGACACAUCAGGCACUGGAGGAGGGGGGAAAUUGGGGGGGGGGGAGUGAGCACCCAGAGAGCCAUGGCUGAGGGUGAGGAUAUGCAGACCUUCACUUCCAUCAUGGAUGCGCUGGUCCGCAUCAGCACAAGCAUGAAGAACAUGGAGAGGGAACUGCUAUGCCCUGUCUGCCAGGAGAUGUACAAGCAGCCACUGGUGCUGCCCUGCACCCACAAUGUAUGCCAGGCCUGUGCCAGGGAAGUGCUGGGUCAGCAGGGUUAUGGGAGCCACACUGGGGAUCCCAGCUCUGAGCCCACCUCACCUGCCUCUACCCCUUCCACCCGGAGUCCCCGCCUUGGCCGUAGGACCCUCCCCAAAGCAGACCGCCUGGACAGGCUGCUCAAGUCAGGUUUCGGAACAUACCCUGGCCGGAAACGGGGAGCCUUGCACCCCCAGAUUGUGACAUUCCCAUGCCCAGCAUGCCAGGGUGAUGUGGAGCUGGGUGAGCGAGGCCUGAAUGGUCUCUUCCGUAACUUGACCCUAGAGCGGGUUGUGGAGCGGUACCGUCAGAGUGUGAGUGUGGGUGGUGCCAUCUUGUGCCAGCUUUGUAAGCCCCCACCUCUGGAGGCCACCAAGGGCUGUACCGAGUGCCGUGCCACCUUCUGCAACGAGUGCUUCAAGCUCUAUCAUCCCUGGGGCACUCAGAAGGCCCAGCAUGAACCCACCCUGCCCACCCUCACUUUCCGCCCCAAGGGUCUGAUGUGCCCAGACCACAAAGAAGAAGUCUCUCACUACUGCAAGACAUGCCAGCGGCUAGUGUGCCAGCUCUGCCGGGUUCGGCGCACCCACAGUGGGCAUAAGAUUACACCUGUUCUCAGUGCCUAUCAGGCUCUGAAGGAGAAAUUGACAAAGAGCCUGACAUAUAUUUUGGGAAAUCAGGACACUGUACAAACCCAGAUCUGUGAGCUGGAGGAGACAGUGAGGCACACAGAGGUGAGUGGUCAACAAGCAAAGGAGGAAGUGGCUCAGCUGGUGCGAGGGCUGGGUGCAGUGCUGGAGGAGAAGCGGGCAACACUGCUACAGGCCAUUGAUGAAUGCCAGCAGGAACGGCUAGCGCGGCUUGGGGCUCAGCUCCAGGAGCAUCGGAGCCUGUUGGAUGGCUCAGGACUAGUGGGCUAUGCUCAAGAGGUCCUGAAAGAGACUGACCAGCCUUGUUUUGUACAGGCUGCCAAGCAGCUACACCACAGGAUCGCCCGGGCAACAGAGGCCCUUCAGAACUUCCGUCCAGCCACCAGCUCCUCCUUCCGCCAUUGUCAGUUGGAUGUGGGGCGAGAGAUGAAGCUGUUGACUGAACUCAGCUUCCUAAGAGUGCCCGAGGCUCCCGUCAUCGACACCCAGCGCACCUUUGCCUAUGACCAGAUUUUCCUCUGCUGGAGGCUGCCCCCACACUCCCCCCCUGCUUGGCAUUACACUGUGGAAUUCCGGCGUACAGAUGUCCCUAAUCCCCCAGGCCCCACCCGCUGGCAGCGGCGAGAAGAGGUGAGAGGGACCAGUGCUCUGCUGGAGAAUCCCGACCCAGGCUCGGUCUACGUGCUUCGGGUCAGAGGCUGCAAUAAGGCAGGCUAUGGAGAGUACAGUGAGGAUGUCCACCUGCACACACCCCCUGCGCCAGUUCUGCACUUCUUCCUGGAUGGGCGCUGGGGUUCUAGCAGAGAGCGGCUGGCCAUCAGCAAGGACCAACGGGCAGUGCGCAGCAUCCCAGGGGUGCCUCUGCUCCUGGCGGCUGAGCGACUGUUGACAGGCUGCCAUCUGAGUGUAGACAUCGUGCUGGGUGAUGUUGCCGUGACCCAGGGCCGCAGCUACUGGGCCUGUGCGGUGGAUCCAGCCUCCUACCUGGUCAAAGUGGGCGUUGGGCUAGAAAGCAAACUACAGGAGAAUUUCCAGGGUGCCCCAGACGUGGUCAGCCCCAGGUAUGAUCCAGACAGUGGGCAUGACAGUGGAGCAGAAGAUGCCACUGUGGAGGCAUCUCCACCUUUCGCCUUCCUGACCAUUGGCAUGGGCAAGAUCCUGCUGGGAGCUGGUGGUAGUGGGGGGGCCGGGCUGACAGGGCGAGAUGGGCCUGGGGCUGGCUGCACAGUUCCCCUGCCUCCCCGCCUGGGCAUCUGCCUGGACUAUGAGCGGGGUCGGGUCUCUUUCCUUGACGCAGUAUCUUUCCGUGGGCUGCUUGAGUGCCCGCUGGACUGCUCAGGGCCUGUAUGUCCAGCCUUUUGUUUUAUUGGGGGUGGUGCAGUCCAACUGCAAGAGCCAGUGGGUAUCAAGCCUGAGAGGAAAGUCACGAUUGGGGGCUUCUCCAAGCUAGAUUGAGCCCCACAGAUAUGGUGGGUGCUGUGGGUCCUAUUCUCCUGGAUUCCUGAUUUAAGUCACACCAUGAGUCCUAGGCCCUAGCCAAGGCCCCCACAGAGCUGGGCAUCUCCCUUGGCUCCCUUUCCUUAGGAGCUUUUCUUCCACAUCUCCUCUUAGUUUACCCUUGGCCCUUGACCGAUUUCUGCCAGCUCCACCCUGGUACUUCCCCCUGUAACCUUUCCUUCUAGGACUUCAUCUUGAUCCCUCUCCUCUCCCUGGGUUGGGUCUGUCCUCUAUCUUUCCUAGGCACUGGGGCUGCCCUCCACCUUUUUCCAGUUAUCUCCUGGCCUAGGCAUAGGAUCUAUUGAGUUUACACAUCCCAGGAAAAACUCAAAUUUUCUCACCCAUCCUACCUGGGCAUCUUACUCAAGUCACCCAGAAUGGACACUGUGCCUACCAUAUUCCCCCUCCCUGCUGUACCCUGGUUCUCUCAGUCUGGCUUAGAGUGAGGGGUAUAGAUCUGGGGGAGACUUCCCAGUGAGGACUAUGCCCCCAAUUUCUCACUGAUGUCCUGCUAACUUCCCUCCCCACCAUAAACUUGAGGUGGUUAAGACCUUCUCUAUAGCCUGGCAGGGCCCAGGCACUCUAUCCCAGGGGGCCACAGGUAGGUGCCCAUUGGGAGAAAGGAGCCAGGGCCCUUUUUGUCAUGCUUGUUUUAUUGGGGGUAUCCCAGUCUCCCCAGCUGCAUGUCCUCUCCUUUCCCUCUGCAUGUUUUGCCCUCCCCAUUUCCCAAUGCCAGUGUGCCAAGUCUUCCCGGGGGCCCUAAUGGGCAGGGCCCAGUACCCCAUGGCAGGCUAGGCUGGGCAACAUCUCUCAUGUCCAUCCUUUGCUCCCUGUGGAUGGGCAAUGCUCCAGUCUCUGCCAACAGCUGUUAUUUUCACAGUUUCUAACAAUAAAGGGUGAU